AUGGCGAUCAAGGAUAAGAUCUUCAAAGCCGCCAAAGGGUUCCGCGGUCGAGCGAAAUCGUGCGUCAAAAUCGCGCGGAAUCGCGUGGAGAAGGCGUGGCAGUACCAGUACCGCGAUCGACGGAAUAAAAAACGCGAUUGGCGCGCGCUGUGGAUCACGCGAAUCAACGCGGCGACGCGGGAGCACGGAGUGCGGUAUAAUGAGUUUAUUAACUCGCUCACGGCGGAGAACGUGUGCGUGGAUCGGAAGAUUUUGGCUGAAUUAGCGGUGAAUGAGCCGAAGAGCUUCAAGGCGCUCGUGGACCGCGUGCGGUACAUGCGAGGGAUGGAUUGA